CUAAAACAUAACACAGUGCAAACAAACCAAACCAACCACCCACAGAUAACAGUACAUACAAUGCAAGCGUCGUCAGGCAGGCCGGGUCAAUAUCAAUAGGGCAGGUAGGUACAGGGGGAGCAAGCGGAGAUUGGUCAGGGUCACAGGCCAGGUUCAGCAGGUAGCAAGCAGCGUGGUACAGAGGGUCAGGCAGAGGGAUGGUCAGGAGCGAGCCGGGAUCAGAGCAGGAGAAGUCAGCAGUGAUUCAGAUCAGGCAGGGUCAGCAAAGGAACAGAAACAGGAUGCAGGACAGAUACAGGGCCCAGGACAAACGGACAAACACAACACCAAGGCAGAGUCUGCAGGUCUGGCCA